AUGAAGAUCCUUGCGUGGAACUGUCGUGGGCUUGGGAACCUACAGACAGUACGGGCUCUUAAAAAGCUCAUCCACUCGAAAGAUCCCGAUGUUGUCUUUCAUAUGGAGACAAAGUUGUAUACGUUUGAGGCUCUUCAGCAUAGAGGAGUUGGUGGUCUUUAUAAUAUUUUCCCGGUGCAGUGUGCAGGACGUGGGAAUUCUAGAGCAGGUGGUCUUUGCCUUUGGUGGCGUAGUGAUUUACAGUUAGAGGUAAUAAAUGCAUCUUUACAUCAUAUCUUAUGUUCUAUUUUGCAUCCAGUGGACCAGACUCCCAUGACUUUGAUUGGGGUGUAUGGUUACCCGGAGGUACAGCGUAAAAGAGACACAUGGAACCUUGUCAGCAAUCUCUUGCCAGUUGGCACCACAGCUUGUUUGUGUAUUGGUGACUUCAAUGAUAUCCUCUCCCCGGCUGAUAAACUGGGAGGGGACCCCCCUGAUCUCAGGCAUAUGCAGUGGAUUUCCAGUUGGUGCACGGGCAUAGGUCUCCAUGGGGUGGAUUUUUCAGGGGACCGUUUCACUUGGUCGAAUAACAGAACAGAUCCGGGGACUAUUCGUGAGAGGAUUGAUUUUGCUUUGGUUAAUGAUGCAUGGGAUGAUAUGUGGCCGAGAACCUUAGUAGCACACUUUGAGCGUCACCAAUCCGAUCAUAGCCCUAUUCUUCUAACGUGUGGUGCCCGUAGAGAACGUCGGGAGCUAAAAAGAACCCGGAUGUUCCGAUUUGAGGAGAUGUGGCUCAGGGAAGGAGCUGAGUGUGCGGAAGUGGUUACAGAGACUUGGUGUCGUGGGGAUAAUAAUGUCCUUUCCAGAUUGUCAGAGGUGAGCAGUGCGCUUGACGGUUGGGGUAAAGCAAAAUUUGGGGAUUUACCGAAGAAAAUUUCAGGUCAACGAGCUCUGUUGGAAAACCUACAGCAAAAAACCCAAACAGAGCAGGUUAGAGCGGCCUCUAUAGAAGCAGGGAAGGAGCUUGAUUCUCUGCUUGAGCAGGAGGAAAUUUGGUGGGGACAACAGUCUAGAGCUACUUGGCUCAAGCAUGGGGAUCGGAACUCGCGUUUUUUCCAUCAGAAAGCGUCCCAAAGAAGGAAGAGGAAUAUGAUAGAACUUAUAAAAGAUGACAGAGGCAAAAAAUUUGAGGACGAUAGAGAUAUUUCGAGUGUCCUUAUGGACUAUUUCACUACUCUUUUUGCAACUUCACACCCUUCGGGGGUGGAGGAUGCUACUUCUCUUGUUUCAGGUCGGAUUACACCAUCGCAUCUGGAGACCCUAGCGGAGCCUUUUUCAAAAGAGGAGGUCAAGGAAGCCCUUUUCCAGAUGCACACAACAAAAGCACCAGGAGCGGAUGGACUGCCGGCUCUCUUUUACCAGAAAUUUUGGCAUGUCAUUGGUGAUGAUGUAGCAGAAUUUUGUCUACAAGUUCUGAGUGGAGCUUCAUCUCCAGGUAUGAUAAACCACACGCUAUUGGUCCUUAUUCCUAAGAUUAAAAAGGCUGAGCAUGCGACACAUUUUAGACCAAUCAGUUUGUGUAAUGUCAUUUUCAAGAUUAUUACUAAGACAAUAGCAAAUAGGCUUAAAUUGAUUUUGCCUGAUUUAAUUUGUGAGAGCCAAAGUGCUUUUGUUCCUGGACGUUUGAUAACUGAUAAUGCUUUGAUUGCGUAUGAAUGUUUUCACUAUAUGAAGAAGAGAAUAAAUGGCCGGAAUGGCACUAUGGCACUUAAAUUGGACAUGUCCAAAGCUUAUGACCGAAUUGAAUGGUCCUUUCUUGAAUCUGUGUUACAAAAGAUGGGUUUCCCUGCUCUUUGGGUAAGUCUAAUUAUGAGUUGUGUGACAUCGGUGUCCUUUUCAAUUUUACUGAACGAUGAUAGUGUGCUAUUCGCAAGAGCGACAGUGGAAGAGGCCCAGUGUUUGAAGAACAUCCUAGCAACCUUUGAGCGAGCUUCAGGUCAACGAAUCAAUUUUGACAAGUCUAUGCUUUCGGUGAGCCGAAAUGUGCCCGAUAUUCGUUUCAAUGAACUUAAGCAGCUAUUGCAAGUAAAGGCGGUUGAAAGCUAUGACAGAUACUUGGGUUUACCGACUAUCAUUGGUAAGUCUAAAACUCAAGUUUUCAAUUUUGUCAAAGAUCGAGUCUGGAAAAAGCUUAAAGGGUGGAAAGAAAAAUUCCUGUCGAGGGCAGGCAGGGAGGGAGGUGACCCAAACAAACGUGGUCUUCAUUGGACAAAAUGGGAAAAUCUUUGUAAGAGGAAGGAAGAUGGUGGCCUUGGCUUUCGUGACUUCAAGUCUUUCAAUAUGGCCCUAGUGGGAAAGAAUUGGUGGCGCAUUUUCACUCGUCCUGAGUGUUUGCUAUCACGAGUUUUUAAAGCGGUUUAUUUUCACAAUUGCACCAUGCGUGAGGCCAAGAAAGGGUAUCGUCCAAGCUAUGCAUGGACUAGUAUCCUGAAAACGAGUUGGAUUUUUGAGAGAGGGGGCUCUUGGAGAAUUGGUGAUGGAACUCAGGUUGAUAUUUGUAGGGAUAAAUGGGUGCCGGGAGAUGCACCUCUCAUUUACCGACAAGAUUUAGUUGAAGAAUUUAAUCUCACCAAGGUUGCAAUGCUCAUUGACCAGGAUUUGCACUGUUGGAAGAGAGAUUUGAUUGAGCUGGUUUUUAGCCCAAGCACUGCGGCAAACAUUUUUUCCAUUCCUUUGGGAGUGCAUGGGGGUGUUGACUUGUUUCAUUGGCCAGGUACAAGUGAUGGACAAUAUACAUCAAAAGAGGGAUAUGACUUCAUGCGGUUGUUGUUACACCGUGAUGCUGCGUCCUCUUCCUCUACGGCUAAGCUUGAUCCAAGGAGCUGGAAGUUCUUUUGGGCAUCUCGAGCUUUGCCUCGUUGCAAAGAAACCUGUUGGAGGGCAAUUUGUGGUUUGUUGCCGCUGAAGGAGAGCUUGUUCCGGCGCCACAUUGAUGUUGAUCCAGGUUGCGGUUUCUGUGCUUCGGAGAGGGAGAAUGAAGACCAUCUUUUCCUCCAGUGCCCAGCUGCCAAACACAUCUGGUUUGCGUCUCAAUUAGCCAUCAGAGUGGAUUCUUUUACCUCGUUUCAGGCGUUCUGGACAGCAGUGAUAGCGAUGGAUGAUGAUGAGGUCCUGGCUAUGGCUCAGACGGUGGUAUAUGCGAUUUGGGAGGCAAGGAACAAGGUCUGUUUUCAGCAGGGAGAGCUGGUGGUGGCUACGGUUCUCCGUCGUGUGGCUAGUAUGUUGGAGGCAGCUCAGGUCCGUGACCUUGCUCGUGCACCCUCGGUUUCUUUGCCAGCAAAAUGGAGCAAGCCGGCGAUGGAUAUCAUCAAAUGCAACUUUGAUGCUUCUCUUCGUGCUGAUGGAACGGGUGGCAUGGGGAUGGUGGCCCGCGAUUGCCAAGGUGAGGCCAUGGCGGCAGCAUGUUCUUUUCCUAUCUUAUGUACUUCCCCACUUGUGGCGGAGGCCAUGAGUAUGAGAUGGGCACUACAGCUGGCUAUUGAUCUAGGAUUUCGCCGGAUAUGCUUGGAAACAGAUUGUCUCCAAUUAUUCACUAGUUGGAAAUCAAAGGAAGCUGGGAGGUCUUAUCUGAGUUCGAUUCUGCAGGAUUGCCAUGUUUUAAUUAAUGCUUUUGAUUUUGUUUCGCUUUCUUUUGUUAGACGCACAGGCAAUACUGUUGCGGAUUUUUUGGCUAGAAACUCUGAGACCUAUGCUAAUUUAGUAUGGGUGGAGGAGGUUCCGGUAGCCGUUUCCCAUUUGGUUAUUUCUGAUGUAAUGACUCAAUUGCCGGUUGGCCCUUAA